AUGGCCAACUCUACGUCGGUGACCAAGUGCACUGAUUUUUCGGUGUCCAGCCUCUGCCGAGACAUGAAAACUUCACCUCCUGAUCCAGCAAUCGUGGUCGGUGGAACUGGUACUAAUAUGAAAUUGACACUGCCUCUUGCAGCUUGCGCACCGUUUUCGUCUAAUAUUAAUGGACCAACAGCCAUCACAACCGCAGUCGCUGGUAGACCGCCACCGUCCACGUCGCCGUCGCCGUCUCCGUCACCGGCCACGCUGCGCGAACUGUACGCUAUGGCGGCCAGCCAACAGCACCAGCAGCACUCGCGACUUCUCGAGCUAUCCAACAGAUAUCGCGGGUAUCCGGAAAUCGCCCAUCACGUGUUCAACCAACAAGGAGCAGUCACCAAGUUGCUAGGUAAGACCGAUCAAAUAUCAUCAUCUUUGCAAAAACCGUAUAUAAUAUUAUGA